UACUGUAUAGUGCUAUUAAUGUAUAGUACUAUUAAUAUAUAGUACUGUAUACAGUAUACAGUGUAUAGUAUUGUAUUACUAUUACUAGAGUACGUCAUGACUGUGAGUGUCAUAUUAAUAGUGUUUUGAGUAUCACGUGAUUGAGUGGAAUGCAAGUGUGGAUCACAUUCUUUCAAUUGAUUAGUGUUUUUGUUUCUAUUGUUUUGAGUUAACAAUACAUUCAAACAGUUAUUUAAUUUGAUAUGUAUUUGGUUUGCAUUCAAAUGAUAUGAAUGAAUGUAAACAAUAGUUUAUAAAUGAUUUGAAUGACAACAAUAAGGAUGUGUUGAGUGAUGGAUGUGUUGAAGUGGUCUUACAAUUGUUGACCACAAAUGUAUGCAAUGAUGUGCCAAAUGAAGAUAGUAUUAGUGGUACAGAUAGUGAUGACAUGUAUCAUGUCUUGUGUCCACUCGAUGUGUCCGCGCGGUUGUCAUUGCGAUGAUUCCCGAUUGCGGACAGUCUGUCAAUCGGAGGCUGAGCUGCAGUUCGUACCGCACACUCUGAAUCCUGCACUCAAAGAGCUGAUCCUUAAGAACAAUCACAUCCGAGGUGUUCAGUCAUCGCUAUCUGUUUAUCGAAGUCUUGAGUUACUCGAUAUCUCAUUCAAUCAGUUGACAGAUUUGGGUGAAAACAACUUUCUUGAGAGUAAUCGCAUCGAAACUAUGGUUUUGGUCACAAAUUCGUUGACAACUCUGAAGAACUAUACGUUUAAUGGUUUGUCUUCAUUAAAGAAGUUAUACUUAAGUGACAACAAAUUAGAAGAGAUUAACGCAAAUGUAUUGAAACCAUUGACUUUACUUCAGAUAUUGGAUUUAUCUCACAAUCAAAUUAGAUAUAUAUCUUCGGCAGCUUUUAAUGGAUUAACAAAUUUGAUUGAUUUAAAUCUAAGAUCAAAUCAAUUGAAUGCAAUUCCGAGCAAUAGUUUUAAAUUUGUGCCAAAUAUUAAAGCAUUAGAUUUGGGUUCAAAUAUGUUAAUAAAUAUCACCAAAUCUUCCUUCGCUUCGUUGGCCAAUCUAUCGGAGCUCCGACUCGACGCGUGUUUUAUCAAUUAUAUUGAUAUACAUGCCUUCAAUAGAUUAAAUAAUUUAACAAUUUUAAGACUAAAUAACAAUAAUUUAGAGGAAAUACCGACGAAUUCGUUUGAAGAUCUGAUUGCUUUAGAAGAGCUAAAGAUUGGAGAAAAUCAUUUCGUAAAUAUUAAGUCAAAAGUAUUUUCUAAUUUAAUUCAUUUGAGAACAUUAGAGAUCACGAAAAGUCAUUCAUUAAGUUUUGUUGAAUUGGGCGCUUUCUAUGGCUUAACACAUUUGGAGCGCCUGGAGUUAUCACAUAACAAACUGCUCACUAAUAUUGAUAAUAAUGUGUUCAGUGAUACCCCGAACCUUCAAUACCUUAAUUUAAGAGCCAAUGGUUUCGUGACAUUACAAUUGGGUUUUGUCAACACAUUUGAUCGAAAAAUAUUUUUAGACGUUAGAGAUAAUCCAUUACAUUGUAACUGUAGUCUUGAAUGGCUUUACAAUUAUCUCAUGCAAUCCAACACAUCAUCUGUCAAACAAGUAAUCAAUGGCUCCAAUGACUAUAUUUCGUAUCCCUUUUUUGAUUUAUUGGGAACUAUUGUUGGAGUUCAGUGUGAAAGCCCUCCAAGUCUUCAAUCAAAACUAAUAACAGACUUACAUCGCGACGAUUUUGGAUGCUUUGAAUUGGACACAAAGAUACCAAUAAUAAUAGCCAUUUUAAUUGGUAUUCUAGUGUUUAGUGGUGUUAUCAUUAUAUUUGUGAUUCGUUGCAAAUAUGGUCUCUCAGGACUCGUAAAAAAUCAAUGGUUUGCCGCCGAUAACAAUACCAUAAGUGGUGGUUCUCAUCGAAAUGAUCUCAAUUAUAGAAAACCAGAGUUUGUUUUUAUUCCAAACAUCGAUAUUAAUAUCGAUGAAAAUAACAGUGCACUCGAAGAAACAAUUCGUUACCCUUUGAAAAUGACUCCAAUAACUGAACUGUGAUUUUAUGUAUUUGUUUUAAUUAUUCAUUUAAUUUUUUUAGUAUUAAUAUAAAUAUUUCAAAAUUAA